AUGGCUGACGAUGCCACAUCUAGAUCUAAGAAAGCGCUUAACGUCGAUUCACCAUCAUUCACACCCGCAGGUAUCGGUAGCAAGAAACCUACAUUUUCAUCGCAAGCCGCAAGCGCUCCCUCUUUCACUCCACGUGGCUUAGGAUCGGCCACCCCUGUUGGAACCCAAGAUGGCGAUAGCAGUCUCUUUAAUCCUGCGACCAUUCGCGAAUUCACUCCCAACUUUGACAUAAACACCAGUACUCCCGCGAAUGGCUCUGCUCAAGAUAGUGGAAUGUCCUAUGAACCAUUUACUAUACCAGCAGUGAACCAAGGUCUUACCACUCCCCAUUAUAACCCUUAUGCUGAAGACCCCGGGGCCCUCGGCGGCCACGGGGCAGGUUACUUCCCAGCGCAAAAUUAUGCCACCCCUCCUCAGCCACUACAACAUCAUCUCUAUUUCCCAGUGGCGCCUCAUAGGGAGGACUUGAUGCCGUAUCAUCGUUUGCCACACGACUUCUUCCUCCCCGAAAAGGAACGUGAAGAGAUUGCCAAGAAGCUUGAAGCGGCCGGCCAAGUCCUUCCUAACUCACAGCUACCGCAACUUGACAAUUAUCACAAUUUGGUUCCGCUAGACACAACCCAUCGGAAGAACGCUAAUAUCUUCGGGUACCCGAGUUGGGUUUACAAGGCUACGGCAACCAAGACGGGCAAUCUUUAUUGCCUCAGGCGGUUAGAAGGUUAUAGGCUCACAAACGAGCUCGCUAUUAGACUUGUAAAGGACUGGCGACGCAUCAACAACGGCAACGUGGUUACGAUCCUUGAUGCAUUUACAACCCGCGCCUUCGGAGAUAGCUCACUCAUCUUUGUACAAGACUACUAUCCUCUCUCCAAGACACUUGUUGAGGCUCAUUUAACGCCGAGCACUACACAGGGCAGUCGCUUCCAGGCCAAAGCCCCUGUUCCUGAGAACAACCUUUGGGGUUACAUCUCCCAGAUCGCCAACGCACUCCAAGCCAUUCAUUCAGCCAACUUAGCAGCGCGAUGCAUCGAUCCCAGCAAGAUUAUAUUGACUCAUAAAAAUCGGAUCCGUCUUACUGCAUGCUCUAUAUUGGACGUCGUCCAGUAUGAUGCCCAUCGAUCCAUCUCGGAACUUCAGCAAGAAGAUUUUGUUCAAUUUGGUCGCUUGCUGCUAUCCUUGACAACCAACACUUUGCCAAUUCAUCUCACCAACGUUCAGAUGUCCAUGGAACAAAUGUCCCGGGUGUAUUCUGUCGAGUUGAGAGACACUAUUCUAUGGCUUCUCACACCUCAGCCACCACCGGCGCAGAAAGGCAUUGACGAAUUUGUACGCGGAAUAGCUGGGCGCAUCACAGCAACACUGGACCAGAAUCUACAGGCGUUGGACAAGGUCAAUACUGAUAUGAUGCGGGAGGUUGAAAACGGCAGGGCCGCGAGAUUAAUGAUGAAACUCGCAACUAUCAAUGAACGACCUGAAUUUGAUGGUGAUAGAAGGUGGUGCGAAACCGGCGACCGUUAUAUGCUCAAGCUAUUUCGAGACUAUGCUUUCCACCAAGUGGAUGGCGCUGGCAAACCCGUCCUGGAUAUGGGACACAUGCUCAGAUGCAUGAACAAGUUAGAUGUUGGAUCAGAAGAGAGGGUUUGCCUCACAAGUCGAGACGAUCAGACCAGCUUCCUUGUCAGUUACAAAGAACUGAAAAAGAUGUUGGCUACUGCAUUUGGCGAUCUGGUGAAGGGCAGCAAGUCAAGCCGAAGCUUUUAG